AUGGAAACGUUUGCUAGGGCAAGCUCGCGAGAGUGGCAGGGGAAGAGGAGGCUACUGCCAGUUGCCGCAUGGUCCUGCGCCAUGGCCAUGGUGCUAGCUCUCGCAACGGCAGCAGGUGUUACGUCCACAACAAAAGGAGAGAACCAGGCAACGUCGACGGGCACUGUGGGCGCCGUCUCGAGGAUCUCCACCUCGGCGGCCGCGCCGCCAACGAGACAGAACGUCAUGUUGAUUUGCCAGUCGACGCCGUACCCGAGCGCCUGCGAGACGGCUCUGUCGUCGGCGGAGGCGCGGUCGGCCGGGGACCCGUUCGCGGCGUCCGUGCAGUUCGCGAUCGCCCGGGCCACGACGGCGCACGCGCUGGCGCGCAACCUCUCCGCGUCCACCCCGACCGAGCCGCCGUCGGGCAUGCGCGACUGCGUCGAGCUGCUUGACAUCACCCUCCACCAGCUGCGCGACGCGCUCGCGGGAUCCGCGUCGGAUGCAGAAGGGGCGCGGACGUGGCUGAGCGCCGCGAUGACGUACCAGGACACGUGCAACGAGAGCCUCGCCGCCGUUCCAGCCUCCGCGGGGCGCGACGCCGUGCGCCAGCAGGUCGGCGCGCUCGCCCAGUUCAUCGGCACCGCACUGGCGCUGCACGUCAGCAGGAUGGAGGGCCGGAAGGGGACCGCGCCGUCCGCCGCGCCGGCGCCGGCACCGGAAGGUAUCACGUUCCCGUCCUGGCUGUCCGAACACGACAGGAGGCUCCUGGAGUCCCCGGUGGCCAACAUCACGCCGGACGCCGUGGUGGCGCUGGACGGCAGCGGGACGCACAGAAGUAUCAACGAUGCGAUCGCCGACGUCACGGCGGCGCGCUCUCGGCCGGCGAGCGGUGGCCACGGAGCAGGAGCUAGCAGGAGGGUGGUGCUCCACGUGAAGGCCGGACGGUACGUGGAGACCGUGAGAGUCCCUAACGCGAACGUGAUGCUGGUGGGCGACGGCAAGGGGAAGACGAUCCUCGACGGGCGCAAGAGCGCCGGCGACGGCUACACCACCUACAACUCCGCCACCGUCGUUGUGCUGGGCGCGGGCUUCGUCGGCAAGGGCCUGAGCAUCAUCAACAGCGCCGGGCCAGGGAAGGGCCAGGCGGUGGCGCUCGUGGUCUCCGGCGACCGCUCGGUGCUGUACCAGUGCGAUAUCCAGGCGUACCAGGACACGCUCUACACGCAAGCGAACCGGCAGUUCUACGCCGAGAACGACGUCUCCGGCACGGUGGACUUCAUCUUCGGCAACGCCGCCGUGGUCUUCCAGAACUGCGGCAUCCAGGCCAGGAAGCCCAUCACGGGCCAGAGGGACACCAUCACGGCUCAGGGCCGGGACGACCGGAACCAGAACACCGGCAUCUCCCUCCAGAAGUGCCGGAUCACCGGCGCGCCGGACCUCGGCAGCACGCCGGUGUACCUGGGCCGCCCGUGGCGGAAGUUCGCACGGGUGGGGGUGAUGGAGAGCGACCUGGACGGCUCCAUCUCGGCGGCGGGGUGGCUGGAGUGGUCGGAUCCGUCCGCGCUGAGCACGCUGUUCUACGGCGAGUUCGCCAACACCGGGCCCGGUGCAGCGACGAACGGCCGGGUGGCGUGGAAUGGCGUGCACGCGUCGAUGUCCGUCGCCGAGGCCACGGAGUUCACCGUGAAGAAUCUUAUCGCGGGGGACACAUGGUUGGGGGACACCGGGGUUCCUUACGCCUCUGGACUCAUUGAAUAAAAUCAGCAUGGACUGUGAUGAAAUUUGUGACUUCAU